CUGGUAAGGACUAAGGAAGGCGCAUUCCUGCCUCGCUCGCGCCUUCAUUGAUUUUUGCCAAUCGUCCGCAUUCCAUCAUUCCGGCUCUCCGAUCUCGCGUCGUCUCCGCCGCGCCGCUCGGCGCGCGACAGCCGUCGGACGGGGAUGCGGAGAUUUUGACUGGUCGGCAUCUGGAAUUGUCUGGUCUCACCUCUGGCGGGCGGGUGAACGCGGUUGGAUUGACGGUUAGUUCGGAGAUGGAGGGGGUGGGAAAUUGACGACGCCGUUCGAUUUUUCCUUUCUCUCUCUUUCCGCGGAAGGCGCCGGUUCGGCGGCGGCGGCGGCGGAGGGGGAGGGGUUUGCGAUGGAGAACGGGAAGAAUGUGGUGAGCCUGGACAAGAUUCCCAGGUGGAUCGACGUGGAGAACGGGUCGUCCCUCGAUGAGGAGAAUGGAGACGCUUCGUUCUGUAACCCGUACUUUGGCGAUCCUCUGACGUCGGUUUCCGGGGCGGAUGCGGUGGGCAACGGGAUGGCUUCUCGGUUUCCGGUGGACCGCGAGGUUAACGAGAAGAUAUACAUCUGGAGGGGCAGCCCGUGGAAUCUCGACGUGGAUGCGGUCGUGAACUCUACGAAUGAGAAUUUGGAUGAUGCACACAGUAGUCCUGGUUUACAUGCUGCAGCUGGACCUGAUCUCGCAGACGAAUGUGCUAUGCUUGGUGGAUGUCGAACAGGGCUGGCCAAGAUUACAAAUGCGUAUAACCUUCCUGCUAGGAGGGUGAUUCAUACUGUUGGUCCAAAAUAUGCUGUAAAGUAUCAUACUGCCGCCGAGAAUGCUUUGAGUCAUUGCUACCGGUCUUGCCUCGAACUUCUCAUUGAAAGCGGACUUCAAAGCAUUGCUAUGGAUUGUUUAUACACAGAGGCAAAGAACUAUCCACGGGAACCUGCUGCACAUGUUGCUCUAAGAACCAUUCGUCGUUUUCUUGACAAGCAAAAAGAUGAACUCACAGCCAUUGUCUUUUGCACAACUACUGGAUUUGACACCGAGAUCUACAAAAGAUUGCUCCCUCUUUACUUUCCUCGAGAUAAGCAUGAGGAGGAGGUAGCCAUAUCAAAGCUUCCUGCAGAAUUGUGGGAUGAGAAUGGUGAAACAGUUAUAGAUGAACGUAAAAUAAGAAUAAAACCUUUGCCUAAAAAGGCUUCUAAAGAUCCUCCUCAGGCCCCAGUUGAUGUUCCUGUCAGCAAUGUUGGUUUGGUGAGAAGGAAUUCAUCGCAUUUGGCUUCAUACCUGGAUCCUGCUUUCAUGUCAAUAAGUAAAGAUCCAGACCAGAGGAGGAAGGAGCAGUGGGAUAAAAAUGUUGAGGUACGAAGGGGAUGGAACUGGGCCAAAUUUCUUGGGUUUGGUGACCUUGCAGGACCCUCUUUGACUCCCUCCGAAGAGUAUACGCUUCAUUCAAGUUACCUCUCUAAAGCUAUUUCUCUUAAUCUCUCUGACAUUGCCGACAUGAAAAUUGUAUACCGUGGUGGUGUAGAUAGUGAGGGUCGCCCUGUAAUGGUGGUUGUGGGAGCACAUUUUCUUCGGCGUUGUCUUGAUUUGGAGCGAUUUAUUUUCUAUGUAGUAAAGGAGUUUGAACCCUUGAUACAGAAACCUUAUUCUAUCAUUUACAUCCACUCGGCUGCAUCAUUGCAACUUAUACCAGAUUUGGGAUGGAUGAGGAGGUUGCAGCAGAUACUUGGUCGUAAACAUCAGCGAAACCUGCAUGCAUUGUAUGUUCUUCACCCAAAUAUGCAUUUGAGGGCUUCAAUUUUGGCACUGGAGUGGUUCGUUGAUAAUGUGGUGUGGAAGAAAGCAGUUUAUGUCGAUCGGCUGCUCCAAUUGUUCAGAUAUGUUCCUCGUGACCAGUUGACUAUUCCAGACUUUGUGUUCCAGCAUGAUUUAGAAGUGAAUGGAGGAAAGGGCCUUAUUGUGGAUCCUGGGAAAAAUCAUGUACAGCAGCAAACAUAAGCACAGCCAAUUUUGCACCAUUCUUUAGGAGAUAAAAGCCGGCCUCAGCAAAAGCAAUCGAGUUUCUUUUUGCCUUUUACGCACCACCAUGCAUUGCGAAAAGCAGGUUAAUUUCUAUGUCACACACCAUCAUUCUUUUCACUGUCGUGAUUUUUCUCAUUCUUUGCAUCUCUUGUAUCUUAAAAAAUAUUUUGGGGCACUUCUCAGUACAGUAGAAAUAGUAGAAACGAAAUUCCCCAUUUCUUUUUCUUCCUUGCUCAUCGGGACAUCUCGGACAGCAUGGAAUUUGGUUCGAGCUUCUGAACAGAUCGAUCUUCUAAUUGUAUUUAUUAACAUUAUUGCCAGAAAAAUGAAAUUGUCUCUCAUGUCUGGAGCA